UAAAAAAAAAAAAAAGUGGAUUCAAAUGAAUUCUAGUGCCCUGAACAGCCAAGUAGUAGGAGAUUCUGAAAAAGCUCAGAAAUCUGUGACUAUACACAAGUCAGGCUAUUUCAUUUGUUUCCUGGUAAGUAUCCAAGGACUUUGUGAUGGGUCAAAUUCAAAAUCUAACAACAGCAAUUGUUUUUUAGGUGAUGGAGUUAACAAAAUAAGUUUUUGUAUUAUAUCAGCAUGUCUUUCUGCAGUUUUGCAAUUAAAAAUUGCUUCCAGAGUAUUCUCAGUAUUCAGAGCUGUCCUGUGUCAUACUUCCUUCUUGAUGGCUCUACUGAAAACGAUCUUCCUCCCUGCCUUGGGACUCUUGUUGGCAUACUAUUUCUACCCAACCACCAACAACUUCAGAUCCGAGAUGCUCCAAGGGAAAAGGGUGAUUGUUACUGGUGCCAGCACAGGUAUUGGAGAACAAAUAGCCUAUCACCUGGCACGGAUGGGAGCCCACUUGGUGGUGACAGCACGGACUGAGGCAAAGCUGAAGAAGGUCGUCACUGAAUGUUUGAAACUAGGAGCAGCCUCGGCACACUUCAUUUCUGGGACCAUGGAAGACUUAGUUUUUGCAGAGCAAGUAGUUACCAAGGCAGGAAAGUUGAUGGGAGGACUGGACAUGCUCAUCCUCAACCACAUUAGAGGAGGCAUUUUGGAUUAUUUUAAUGGUGAUAUUGCGCACUUCCGUAAAUCAAUGGAUAUCAACUUCUUUAGUUAUAUAACCAUGACAUCAGCUGCCCUGCCCAUGCUGAAACACACUAAUGGAAGCAUUGUGGUGGUCUCCUCAUUAGCAGGUAAAAUAAGUAUGCCACUUCUUGCUGGCUACUCAGCAACUAAGUUUGCUCUAGAUGGAUUCUAUUCUUCACUGCGAAAAGAAUUACAAAUGAUGAAUGUCAACAUAUCCAUCACACUCUGCAUCCUUGGCUUCAUAGACACAGAUAAUGCUGUAAAAGCUGUGUCUGAGAUUGUGGAAAAUAUAAUUCCAGCUCCAAAGGAGGAAUGCGCACUGAAAAUCAUCGAAGGGGGAGUUUUACGUCAGAAAGAAAUAGCUUACCCAUUAUUUGUCAAAUUAUCACUGUGGAAUCCAACCCGGAUGAUAUUGGAAUAUAUUUCUUUCUCAAAUAUCAAAAUAGACAAAUUAAAUAGGGAGCUUUUCAUGAAGCAAAAUCCCUAAUAUAAAAGAGUAGAUUCUAGAACUCUUUUAGUGACUUAG